AUGGCCGACAAAUUAAUUCCGGGUUCGCCGAUCACGUGGGAUAUUGUUCAGGCAGACCUGCAAAAAUCGCUAAAAACAAAGGCCGUCUUCGGUAAAAAUCGGCAAGCAAAAGCCCUGUCUGCCAAUGGAUUUUUGAGUGAUGUUGCCCUUGUGACGUUUGAUUGGACAGAAGAACGAGAUCGGCUACCGGAAAGGGCUCUCAUAAAGAUAACUUCCCAAGCAAAAAUCGAAAAACUUAUCCAAGAUGUUCCGGGCUACGCACCUAUUGACGGACACUGCAAAGCUGCCAACGACAACGAGUUGAUUUUCUACGAAUUGGCGAACAGCCGCUGGAAGUUCUCGGAGCAUCUGAAGCUGCCGAAAUUCUAUGGUGGUGGCAGAUUCGGGGAGAGCGGAGUAGAAGCGGGUUACCUAGCCCUCGAAUUCUUCGACGACGUCACGGGGCUUCAAUUUUAUCAUAAUGCCAAGGAUUCAACUGUGCGGGAAAUGCUCGACCAGCUCGUGUUGGUGAAUGGAUAUUCCCUUUGCCACCCCGAGGAAUUCUCCGACUUUAACAACGAUUUUUGUAAAACCCUGAUGCUAGCGUUCAGUACGGAAGAAGUGAUAAAAUCAACAAUUGGUCAUGCUCAGGAGAAAUAUCCCGAGCUCCAAGACGGACUGACCAUUCUGAAAAGUCAAGCCAAGCAUUUUAAAACUUGGGAAGGAUAUCAGGAGCGACUACUUGAAGCCUGCCCGAAGCGUAUGUUUGCUCACGGGGAUAUGUACCUUGCAAAUUUUCUAUGGAAAAAGCAUGGCGCCAACGAUUUUGAAAUGUUGGCGAUCAUCGACUGGGCGCAAUGCCGCUACGGGAAUCCGCUGGAGGACUUGGCCCGCAUGUUGCCGAUGGUGGUCAGCGCCGAGGUGUAUAACGAGAAGAAGGAUGAGUACCUUACGUAUUAUUACGAGCAAAUGAAGGAAUAUUGCGCGCCUGUCACGUUGCCUUGGGCAAGUUUAGAAGAGUUUAUCGAGCAAUACGAGCGUGUUUUCGUCUAUAUGGCUACUGUUUUCGGGCCCUGCUUUCUCAAUUUGGCUCCUACACUUUUUGGAGGAAUCAAGGACGAAAACGACAAACUGACCGGACCGCCCUGUUUCUUGGCUAAGGUAAAGAAUAUGGUAGAGGAGGCUGUGCGUUUGAUUGAAAAGUACAUG